ACCAUGGACGCUUCCCGCCUUUUCCUAGCGCUGGCCUUGCUUCUCUCGGGCAGCCUGAGGUCGGUCCGGAGUCUCGAGGAGGCGCUCGGCUCCCAAGAACUCUUGGCCGAAGAACCCAAUGGCUACCCGGAGAGGUUUUUAGACUGGAUGCCACAAGAGGGUGAGGCCCACACUGGUCAGAGCUUACCUGAUGAAAAUCUGCUGGAUGUCCUUCUCCGUACAUUGUUACAUGCUGCGCAGAGACCUGGUCGCAGCCCUUCCUUCUUAUUCCAGCCACAGAGGUUUGGCCGUGAAGUCAGGACCAGCAGUUUGAGAAGCGCUGGCCGGAUCAAAGCACGGGCUUGGGAUUCUCUGGCCCCUCAGUUUUUGAGUAUGGCUGCCCCACAACGCUUCGGCAAGAAAAAAUGAAGCUGGAAGUAGCAAUCCGGAAAAAAUAAAUACCAAAAGUAAUUGCUUCCUGGAUCCUGGCAAACUGGAUGAGAGCCACACCUUAAUUUUCUGCUUCUUUAUUUUUAUGUCUUGUCACUCAGCCUUAGCUGGGUGGCCCUUCCCUGUUAAGGACCUGUA